ACUAUCAAACAACACACAAUGAAGCUUGUCAAUUACCUUUCAGUUAUACCCUUUAUACCUUUGGCCUUAGCCUGCGCAUCUGCUGACAAUGACCCUCUGGUUAAUCUAGUUUCCAAAAUUCGGUCUUUGUUCAAAAGAGAAGAUCCAACAACCUACAACGGUGAUUUCUUGUAUUCGAAGAUUAAAGCCUUGGAAAAAAGAGAGGAAUCAGAAAAUUUUCCUGAGUGCUCAGACUCUGAUGCCUGUAGGCACUACGAAAACGCUCUUUUUAGUUCUGGUUGUGACAUUUCCGAAGAUUAUGAUGAUGCCGAGUUAGCCAACUUUUAUACUUGUGUUUGUGAUCUCUCUGAUGAUUUUUGGGAUUCAAGUUAUAUGUGCACCUUUUGUGUUGAAACUGCAGAUGAGGAUUCUGUGAAUAUUGUCAAAAGCCAUUUAUGUUCUGGUUAUUAUUCAAAUUCCAGUGAUAUAGAUCUUUCAAAUUCCACCUAUACCAAUAACACUCUUUGUAACCGAUAUACUGAUGUUUGUUAUGAACUUACAGACUUAGCCAAUAGUACUUGUGGCCUCCCUGAUGAAACUUCAGAAUACGUUGAAUGUGUGUGUGGUUUAUCCAAUGACGAAUACUGGAAUUAUGAACUUGAAUGUUAUCUUUGUUCUGACGAUUUCCUGGAUAAUCAAGUAAGUUCGUUUAAAGAUGACCUUUGUUCCUUUUUGAUUAAUACAGAGUCUUCAUCGGGUUCACUGAUUAUAUCAACUGGAUCAACCACAGUGUCUGGGUCCUCCUCAUCUAGUAUUGUUGACAAUGAGGAAAUUUCUGGAUCAAGUGAAAGCACAGAAUCAGAAUCAGAAUCAGAAUCAAGCUCAAGCUCUGCCAUUGCUGCUAACCAAUUCUUAGAAUCCAGAUCUUUUAUUCUUUCUUCAUUUUCUUUGGUUUCCGCUGUUUUAAUUAGUAUUCUAUAAGAAAAUAAUUGUGUUUUCUAAAAUUAUGUUAUUCUUUUACCCAAUUUCUC